AUGCUUCAAUUACUAGCCUUCCUACUCGCCUUACCAUUCCUCGCGUCGGCCUCAAAAGAGCCCAUUUGUACCCAUGGCUUCACCUUAGUCGGAAACAAAUGUCUGAAAUUAUUCCACGAACCAUUGAGCCACAAAAAUGCCGAACGAGUUUGUUCCACUUUUGGAGCAACACUGGUCACAAUAAAGAGUAGCGAUGAACACAUCGAUGUGACUACUCUUUCUGGCAAAGAUAAGAAUGUAUGGUUAGGUCUCUACUGCAUCAAUAAUUAUCGAUCAAAUUGUCUAUGGGAUGAUUCGAAUAUCUCCACAGAUCAGAGAAACGGAUUUCAGUCUCGUCCGAAUGUUACUCAAGGAAACUGCGUGACUGUUAAUACUACAAGUGAACAUUGGUCAAGCACUGAUUGCAGCAAAGAGUCGAAUUUGUUCGUUUGCGAGUUGCCUACGACUUUUGAAGACAAUUGUCAACACAACUACAACGGCUCUUGCUACAUACCCCACGUCGCAAGUUCAUUCAUACGUGCGCAAAGAACGUGUGAAGAGGAAUGCGGAAGUCUUGUGUCAAUUCACUCUGCAAACGAGAAUCGCUACUUUAACAUUCUAGCAAGCACAUUUGCACAAAACGAGCAAGUAUUCAUCGGAGGCAUGUGGACGUUAUCAGGGCGCCCUAGCUGGAUAGAUGGAUCUCGCUGGGAUCACGACAAAAUAGACUCACUACGUAAACGAGAAGGUGCAUGCCUCGUAGUUUCUGGAGAGAAGAGUAACGAGAGACAGCCCUGGGGACUGUGGUAUACCGGAAAUUGUGACUAUGAUAGAAAGUUCUUCUGCAAGCGCCCUGCUGGUGAAAAGUGUAACCCUGACCGACCUGAAGAUCCCACACCACCGGUCUUGUAUACAUGCAACACUACGAUCUUGGUCACACAAGGGUUAAUUAUAGCUCCACCGAUAACAGAAGCAGGCCUUGAACAUGGCUUUUGCUACUAUCAUAUUUAUACAGUGGGAUCCAGUAGCAUCAUGUUAACGUUCACACAAUUAGACAUGCACCCAAACUAUCAUGAACUAAAUGCCUAUGAUGGUGACUCGGAGAACAGUCGUUUAAUUUCGACAAUACACAAUUACAAUAGCCCAACACUCACCUCAAGUGGAAAUGCAAUGUUUGUAACAUUCCGAUCAAAUGGUACCAGUACAAAUUGGUUUGGAUUCCAUGCCAGAUUCACUGAGUUCUACUUUGCCAGUCCGAUGAACAAGUUGCUCUAA